ACCCAUCGUGUACCUAUCGAGUUUCAUCCGAGUGGUGAUGUGUAAUAACCAAAGUUUUGGUGAUAUUUCAAAUAAAAACAGAGCUAAUUAGGCAACAAAACAACACAGCAAGGGACAGGGACUCACACAAACAACAUGAACUACAAUCCAAAUGCGGGUAUGCGGAAUCGUAAGUGGGAAAACUCUCAAGGUGGCGGACGGGUUCGUCCCGUUAAACGGGUGAGCGAUUUAAAUGCAAUGGGCCCGACGGCUCCGAUGCCCAGUGGUUCGGCUUUCAUGACGCCAACGGCAGCACCCACCAUGUUCGAUCCCAACAUGUACGGCGGUCCAGCUCCACAGCAAGUAAAUAGCUACGGUUACAAUGCAGCGCCAACGCAAGCGGCGUCGGCACAACAGCCACAGCAGCAAAACUAUGGAUAUACGCCGGGGCAGCAAACAAUGCCAAAUGCGCCAUCAGGGCAGCCCGCUUUUGGCAUGGGUGGACCGCAGUCACCAGCGUUUGGAGGUGCUGCCGGCUCUGCACCUGGUGGUCAAUAUCCACAGUUUUCCAUGUUCCAGCAGCCCAUCGUACAGGACAUGGCGAUGCAGUAUGGCCAGCGACUGGCCGAUCAAGGCAAACAACUUGUGGAGAAUCAGUUUGAGAAAUGGGUGCCGGUCGCCAAAUUGAAGUACUACUUCGCAGUAGAUAAUGCCUAUGUGGGACGCAAGUUACGAUUGCUGUUCUUUCCUUAUAUACACAAGGAUUGGUCACUGAAAUACGAUCAGGAGCAUCCUGUGCAGCCACGUUAUGAUAUAAACGCGCCAGAUCUUUAUCUGCCAACGAUGGGCUACAUAACAUAUGUAAUUGUUGCCGGCUUAUUGCUGGGCAUGCAGAAUCGGUUCUCGCCCGAGCAACUAGGCAUACAGGCAUCCAGUGCGAUGGCAUAUAGCAUUUUCGAAUUGGUCAUCUACUCCAUAUCGCUGUACGUGAUGAAUGUGAAGACGAGUCUUAAGACUUUGGACUUGCUGGCAUUUACGGGCUAUAAAUAUGUAAAUAUUGUCGUCUGCCUGCUGAUGAGCACGCUCUUCUUUCGAUCCGGUUACUAUAUAGCGUUGGCAUAUACCAGCUUCUCCUUUGGCUUCUUUCUGCUACGAACGUUGCGAACAAAACUGUUGCAGGACAACACGCCAACUGCGUCCAGCGGUGCCAUCAAUUACGAUCCGUAUGGGAAUCCACAGCAGUUCGAUUAUAGCGGUGGCCGGAAGAGGAAGCUUUACUUCCUAUUCCUUGUAGUUGCUGGUCAGAUAUUGUUCGCUUUUCUGCUAUCGAAGCAUUUGUACUUGCCGGGUGUGGAUCCAUUGGCAACGCUUAAAGCGCUAUAAAAAUCUUUAGUUUAAUUUUUACGAAACUCAUUUCAUUGAUUGGGGCAACGAAAACAGGUAACAGGAUGUAACACAGCUGC